UUGGAGAAAUCUGAACUCCUGCUGCACGGGAGCACUUACAAUGGACUCGGAAACAUGGGGCUCGGAUAGCUCAGUCCAAGGCCUUCAGGAACAGCACACACUGACCCAGACUACAUUAAAGACUCCAUCAUGUGGCCCAAACAUAUCUGGAGCCAUGACUACAUCGGAGACUGUCAGACUGUCCCAGAGUCUUAAUAAACUUCUCAGUCAGAUGAACCAGAGCCUCAGUGAAACAAAUUGCUUCAGAUCGUACCUGCAGGCCCACGGACUCGGCAGUGAUGCUGUUCUCACUUGGCAAAGCGGUCUUCAGAAUACCAGCAGUACACAAAAUUUGUUGGCGAUUUCUGAUGUGCCAACUUUAAUGCCCUCAAGAAUGACUACAGUGAAAUCGGACGACCCCAUUUCUUCCACUGGUUGCGUCAAACCACUUAUUGAGAAGGGAGACCGUAAUAACGAACUCUGCAGGGUGUUUGACGGUAUCAGCAAGGCACAAGAGUGGCUCAGAGCUGAACUAGAAAGAUCUCACUGCAGCAAAACAGAUGUGGCGACAGUACUGAAGGGAAUGAGGGAUCAGACCAAGAUACAAGAUUCUCAAGAAAUCCAAUACCAUAGAAAAGAAGUCAGUAGCUUGUGCUCAGAUAUUUUGGUCAAGAAACAUACACCUAAGUUUGAAGAAAAUGAACCUGAAGCUCAGGUUGACAGUAUGCAAAUUGCCACGGCAUCUCUUGAAAAGGCUUAUUUAAACCUUUACAAAAAACUUCAGCUGCAGAGAAACCAAGAAACUAACAAAACUGCCACACAAGUCCUUCUCAUCGCCUUACCAAAAGAGAAAGACAGGGUAAGUGAGGAACAAGAGAAAGAAAAUGAAAUGGAAUCUAUUUUUCUCAGCAAAAUCCAAAGCUUAAAAACCACUGACUCCCAUGCAGAUAUUAAGAAGCUAAUUAUAAGAUAUAAACUUCAGGAUAAAGAGCUUUUAACCACAAACUUGAAGGACUCAAAUGACGGGAUGGCACCUUCGGAGGAAAAAUACAAGGAAGUAAUAAAAGUCUUUGAGGAGCGACUGCAACUAAAAGAUAGAGAGAUCCAAGAAAACAAACAGUUGCUGAUAGCGAGAGAGCAAAAAUUGGAAGAAAUAACUUACCGGUCAGAAUUAAAAGACACAGAAAUUAGGUCACUGGCAGAAACGUUACAGCGGGAGAAGAAACAAAACCUGGAGACUCUUUCUAACUUUGAAAAGACUUGCAGCUCUUGGAAAGACAAAUUCUUGGAAGCUAAAAGUGAAUACGAAACUGCUGUCCAGAAGCUUAAGCAUCAGCUGGAGAAAUAUGCAAAACUGAAAGAUUUUGCAAGGUCGGUCAGAGAACAAGCAGCUCAGAGCUCAGCAGAGAAGGGGCAUUUUCUGAAACGUUUGGAUGCUGCUAAGCAUGAAUUGGAAAGUUUGCGCAAUGAGCAAAGUCUUCUGAAGGAGGAGAAGGAAGCUGCUCUUUUUGCCUUAGCGGAUUUAAAGGAAGACAUGAGGCACCUGAGACAGGACCACAGCAGGACUGUAGAGGAGAAAUGGAGAUUAGAAGAGAUGGUUUCCAGAAUGAAAGACGAAAUUGAAUCGCUGAAGAAACAGCUUCAAAAUGUAAAACAGGAAACUCAAAGGGCCGUGGAUGUAGCUUCCAUACAGGAAUCAGAAAAGGAAUCUUACAAGAAAGGAGUAGAGGAAUUGAAGGACACAGUCGGAGAAUUACAAAAGAAAAUAGAAGACUUAAUCACUGAGAAGGAAUCCACAAGUAUCCAAAUGGAAGUAAUGAAGCAAGAAGCGGAAGAGAUCCAAAACAAACUCCAGGAGGAUAUACAGCACAUCAAGCAAGAACAGGAAACCACUGAACGAACAGCAGCGGAUCUAAGGAAGGAGUCGGACGCUUUGAACCGGUUUGUAGUAGACCUAAAAGAGGACAAGUGUAUGCUCAAAGGAGAACUGGAGGAAGUACUACAGGAGAAAUAUCAUCUUGAAGCUAAAUUCCAGGAUCUUAAUCAAGAAGGAGACAAACUCAGAGGUGUGAUCUCCAUGCUGGAGAGGGAGAGGAAUGUUUUGCUGGCUGAACUCUGUGACUUACGGAUGGAUUACCUGAACUUGAGUGACCGCAUUGCAGACAGAAUGAAACAGAUGUGCCAUGAAAGCAGCCACAUGAGCAACCAGGAGCUUAAACUAAGUAACGAUGAAGUUUUACCACACAUGAGUCAACAAAACAUUCAGAACAGAGACCCAAAAGAAGAAGUGAUCAUCCAGAUAAAACAGCGUCUGGAGGAGGAGGAAGGCAGAGCUGCCAAGAGGACUCUCUCAGGACCUCCCAGCAGCUCAGGGACUCGUGAGAAAUCCAAAGAGCGGACGGACACGCUCAGUCUUCAUGCGACAAGCACCAAGGAGCCCGUACGCUGACCACCAGGCUAAGCAUUUGGACUGAAUAAUUCAUAUUUAUCCAAUUAUAGCACAGGCAAGCCCUGACAAAACCGCAGUCAUUUAUUAUUCAAAUAACCACAAUGUGACAUCCAUGGGGCAUUUUUUUUUAUAUGCAGGCAAGAUGACGGGGAAUAUACACUCAUACAGAGCAAGAGCAGACACUGUGUAACUUCACCCAUGAACCAUGAGCUUCAAUUGAUGGAGGUGCCAAUACGGACAAGUGGUCACAGUAAACUGGUACAGCGUCUGCAUGCACACUUUGUAUGGGUAUGGGAUAAAAUUAACUCCGGCUCACAGACCUCAUGACAAGGCUAUCUGAUCUGUUCAAUUAGCUCAAUGAAAACACUGUAUAUCAGUGGUGUGAAGUGUAAAAUGAUCGUAUUCUACUUAAAUGAAACAAUGUCUAUGUUUUCUACAUUAGCAUCAGCAAUUUCUGUUUAGGAGAGGUGCAAGCUGUGCACAACCACAUCGUAAACACUUCAAAACACCCUUUUCUUUCUUUAAAAAAAGAUGACAAACUUUAAUCUUAAGAAAAAUCUUUACAGAAAAAUCUCAAUGAACAGGCCAUAUAAAAAGAAAUAUAUGACCGUAUAACAAAGGAAUAUAUGAAUCAAUGUCAAAAGGGAAGGAAGUUGCAGUAGGUAAACCAUUUUCAUAUUAUCUGAUUAUUCACUCUAGUUAUGAUUUAUCCUACACAGUUUAUCUGAUCAUUUAAAUCACACCUCUAAGCAGAAUGACCUCUGAUGUUUGCAUUCCUCAUUAUUGUUGCAGAGCUGUAGAGCCUAAGACAACAGAACUGCCUUUCAGACCAUGUCUCAGGGUUUGCUGGACACUUAAAUAAAGAGAUUAGAACACCACCACCAAUUCUCUCAAUGACACAAACCAGAAGAAACGUAUUGUUGAUAUCGAAUAUUUUUUCAGGAUGGUCAAUUUGUUGUUUUACCAGUUGUGCCACUCUUAAUUCCUUGCUUACCAUGAAAGAAAAUGUACACACAAGUAGGAGCAGUGCCAUCCUCUUCAGUCUUACCU